AUGACUGAACAAUCAACUACAAUUCCAAUCACAUGGCCUGAACUUUCACCUUCAAAACUUUCCACUGUCUUGACUGUUGCUGGAUCAGACUCAUCAGGUGGUGCUGGUAUUGAAGCAGAUGUCAAAGCUAUCACUGCUAAUGGAGCUUAUGCUUUGACUGCAAUCACUGCUUUAACUGCACAAAAUACCAAAGGUGUUGAUGCUGUUCAAUAUACAACAAAAGACCAAUUUGAAAAAAUUUUAAAUGCCAAUUUUUCAGAUAUUGAUAUUGGUGUCAUUAAGACAGGCUUAUUGACUGUUGAUGCUAUUGAUGUUUUAGCUGAUUAUGUUACUAAAUAUCAUGUUGGUAAACCAUUUGUUAUAGAUCCUGUGUUGGUCGCUACUACAGGAGCUACAUUGAGUAAAAAAGAUGUUUUACUUAGAGCAAUUGAUAAAUUAAUCAAAAAAGCUACAUUAUUAACACCUAAUUAUCUUGAAGCUAAAGAAAUUUUAAAGUAUUUAAAUAAAGAUUUCGAUAUUGAAACUUUGGAAGAUUUACAAAAAGCAGCAAAAAUCAUUCAAACUGAAACAGGUGUUGUUAGUGUCUUGUUAAAAGGUGGUCAUAUUCCAUGGGAUUCAAAUAACAAAGUUGCAUCUUCAGGUAAUGAAAAAUUCAUAACAGAUGUUUUAUAUCAUUCAAUUGAUAACACAUUCACUAUUUAUAAGUCAGAUUUUAUAACAACUGAAAAUACACAUGGUACUGGUUGUACUUUAGCUUCUUCAAUCAGUGCAAAUUUGGCAAAAGGUUAUGAUGUUAAACAUUCUAUUGAUCAAGCUAUUAGAUAUGUACAUGGUGGUAUUGUUGCAGCGGAAAAAAUAGGACAUGGGAAUGGGCCAUUAAACCAUGUUUACCAUAUUGUAUCACCACCAGCUCUUACAAAUAACUUGAAUACUUUAUACACAGAAGGUCAUUUUGUUGAUUUCUUGAAAAAUCAUCCAACAGUAAAACCAAUUUGGGAAUUAUAUGUUAAUCAUCCAUUUGUUGCACAAGUUUCAUCUGGUACUUUACCAAAACAUCAAUUUGUUCAUUAUUUAAAACAAGAUCAUGCUUAUCUAACAACAUACGCUAGAGUUAACGCACUAGCAGCUGCUGUUGCUCCAGAUAUUGAUUGUAUCAGAAUGCAAGCUGGUGUUUUGGAAAAUAUUGCUCAUGAAAUGACUUUACAUGUUGGCAAAUUGGCUAAGCAUGGUGUUUAUGACUUAAAAUCUUUAGAAUUAAGUCGUGCUGGUAAAGAAUAUGCUGACCACUUAUUGAAUAUUGCACACCAAGGUGAUUGGCUUGAAAUUCUUGUUUCAUUAUCUCCAUGUUUAUUUGGGUAUGGUGAAGCUGCUAAUGCUGCUGAUUUGAAAAUUACAGAAGGUGAAUAUUUUGAUUGGGUUCAAGAUUAUAGAGCCAAAGAUUUCAAUGAUGCAAUGGAAUUAGGUAGACAAAGUCUUGAAAAGCAUUCUAUCGGUAUAAGUACGGAAAAGGCCUUGAAAUUGGUCAAGAUUUUUGCAGAUGUGUCAUUAUUAGAGGUUUAUUUCUGGAAUGAUGCAUUAAGUGUUGAAGAAGAAAAAUAA